CACAUAUAGUCUCUGUCUCUCUCUCUCCCCGAAGAAACAAAUCCUUCAAAUCCAACUCCGAGGCACUCGAAUCCGAUCGUCGACUCCCCUCAAGAAUCCCUAAUGAAGUUCUUCUCGGACCUACGCUCGUGUUACCGCUCCGGUGCCGACGCCGACGCCGUUCCAACCUCGAUGCGGCAGGAGGAAGCGCACGCCCCUCUCUCGGACGGCGGCGGCGGGGUCGGUCUCGCCGGACGGAGGCGCAGGUCGUCCGGCGGGAGGACGAGGGCCGACCCGGGAGGGCACUGGCGUCCGGCGCUCUCGGCCAUCUCGGAGGACCACAACGUCGCCGUCCGGGCGGCGGAAGCGAAGAGCAGAGAGCGCGGCGCGAACUCCGCGAAGAGGCCGUCGCCCCCGAAACGCAGAUCCGCCGCGAAGAGAGCUCAGAGUUUUAGCGACAGGGAAGACUACCGGCCGAACCCAUUAUCGAUGUUCAUGCCAGCUUUCUCGCCAACGCCGUUUAUGAUCUGAGACGUCGAAAGCAAGCGGUGGUUGCACUACAUAUCUACUCAGUCUUUUUCUUUUUUCCUUUAUGGGGUAAUUGGUCACCCAAAGUUUGGAAAUUCGAGUGGUGGAUAGAUUAGAGCAAUGAGCUGUAAAUGGUAGGUCCCUUUCAUAGUACUAGUCAAUUAGAGAUUUGGGGGCAUUGUAUAGUGUUCACAAGUUACUUCCAUUUCCUCUUUUCUGAGGCGUGCAAGAAUGAGCUUAAUCAUAUGCAUUAUCGUCGUCGUCUUCUU